AUGACACGGCGCCUCCACGAGUUCAAGAUGGAUACUGGAACGGCCAUGGCAAAGCAUUUGGACGCUUUUGACGAGCUCGUUGUCGGUCUUCAGACGCUUGGAGAGCCUGUCGACGAGGCACGGCAGCUGGUAGUGCUACUGAGCAGCCUUCCAGCCGAAUACGAGCUGAUAUCAUCUAUCAUCGAAAACUUCAAGGACAUCAUGCUCAUCGAGGUGAAAGAGAAGCUGUUGAAGGAGUGUGAACGGUUGGAGAGAAAAGACACGACUCCAGAACGAGCGUUCAAGGUUAACACUGGACGAUUCAAGGGCAACAAGGGGAACGGUCGCAAGUGGAGCGAUCAGAAGAAAAACGCUAAUGGUUUCCAAGGCAAGUGUUUCAAGUGCAACAAAGUUGGGCACAUGAAGCGGGACUGUCAAGAACGGACAAUAGAUGGCGAUGACGAUGCGGUAUUUGCUGUAAGCACAGAACGUGUAAACGGAUGGUUGAUCGACAGCGGUGCGACCGCACACAUGACCCCGCACCGUUCUGAUCUGUUCGAGUAUGAGAACGUGAAUAGUGGCAUCGAAGUAACAAUCGCUGACGGAAAGAAGCUCGCAAUUGAGAAGGGUAAGAAGGUCGGCAAGGCUUACAUGUUAGACUGUGAACAAGAAGGAGCUCGAUUCAUUCAGUACGCCGAGGCUGGCAGCAAGUGGGAGCUUUGGCACGCUCGCAUGGGACAUCUCAACCAAGACGCUCUGAUUAAGACACGUCAUGCCACGAACGGUAUUCCGGCUAUUGAUCAACCGACCCUGUCUUUAUGUGGCGGUUGCAUGAAAGGAAAGCAGACGGUGGCUACAUUUCCUCAUUGUUCGAGCUCGAAAACGUCGCGCGUUCUUGAGCUCGUCCACACGGAUGUGAUGGGCCACAUGAAGUAUCCAUCUAAAGGCGGUGAAAAUUGUGUCCUGACGUUUGUAGACGACUACUCGCGCUAUGUUGUGGCCUAUUUCUUUAAGAAGAAGAUCAUGGUGGCCACUAAGGUAUGA